AAAUAACUGUUGUUGUAAAUGUAAUAAAAACAUUGUCACAAUUGCGAGAUUUGUUAAAGAAGACAUUCCAUUAUUAAAUUAGUUGAAUUUAUUUUUAAAACUUAAGAAAAAUAAACGAAAUAACAAAUAUGUCUUCGCAACCUUUAGUGAUGCGUAUAAUGGCUUUGUCCAUUAAUACCGCUAAACGUGCCGGCUCAAUUAUAAGGGAUGUCAUGCAAAAGGGUAAUUUGGGCAUAGUUGAAAAGGGAAAAGAUGACUUGCAAACUGAAGCUGAUCGCUCGGCACAACGUUGUAUUAUCGCCUCACUAAGUCAACAAUUUCCAGCAAUAAAAAUAAUUGGAGAAGAAGGUGGUUCCGAUUUAAAUGUUUGCAAAGAUUGGUUGGUUUCUGAGUACGAUCAAGAAGUACUUAAGCUCAACUGUCCUGAACAAUUUCGUGAUGUUACUGACGAUGAUUUUGUCGUAUGGGUUGAUCCCCUCGAUGGUACAUCUGAGUAUACGCAAGGAUUCUUAGACCAUGUCACUGUUUUAAUUGGAAUUUCCAUUAAAAACUCUGCUGUUGGAGGUAUAAUACAUCAACCAUACUAUAAAAACCCUAACGGUGAAUUAGGACGUACUAUUUGGGGCUUAAAGGGUCUAGGUACAGGUGGAUUUGAGCCUACAGAAGCGCCUGCAGAUAAAUUUGUUAUUACAACCACACGCUCACAUUCUAAUGCCAUAGUUCAAGCCGCCCUAGAUGCUCUCGCUCCCACAGAUGUUAUCAAAGUUGGAGGAGCAGGCUAUAAGGUCUUACAGCUGUUGGAGGGCAAGGCUCACGCAUAUGUCUUUGCUAGCCCUGGCUGUAAAAAAUGGGAUACAUGUGCACCCGAAGCUGUCUUAGAAGCACAGGGAGGCUGUUUAACCGAUAUGCUUGGGGAACACUAUUCAUAUGCGAGUGACGUUGAACAUCCCAAUAAGAGAGGUGUUUUAGCUACAAUUGGAAAAGUGUCUCAUAGUGAAAUUAUUGCUAAAUUACCAGCAACAGUCCUAGAGGCUAUGCGCAGUAAAUAGUAAAAAAUUUAAAUUAAUUACUUUUCUGUUAUGUACUGUACGAUUAUGUCAAGGAUUGGUGUUAUGUAAUUACUUUCCAAAAAGAUAAUAAAUGUUGAAUAACAAUGCAAACGUA